AUGAGAAGCCGGAUUCGGUAUGCACAUCUUCAUGAUAUUAAUAAUGAGCCUAGUUUUCGAGUUUAUGAAAUGAUUGUCCUCUUUUUCGCCAUAUUUGGAAUUUGCUUCUUAAUUGGAUUUAAUGUCGAUAUACCGCAGACGGUUCAAACAGUCUCGAUGUCUGCGAAGGAAACGAUUUAUAAAGUGUUUAAUAUUCAAUCCGUCAAUCAUUAUGCCGAGAUCUAUUUCAACAAGGCUGCUUCUGAGUUUUUAAAUUGCUCUGCGUUCUUCAACAAUUCGAAGGAUUCCAUCGAUGUGUAUGUGAAUCGAGGAAGACUCAGGAUUUAUCCGGAUGAUCCGAAGGAUCUCGCAAUGGAUUGUGAUUCGAUGCACUCGCGAAUCCAUGGAGAUAUCAGCAAUUUCAGUCAAUUGAAAAGGAGUGUUGCAUUUGUUCGAAAUAUAUACAAUAGCUACGAACUUCAAGAAAUAUUCAUAUCGACGAAUUACCAUCCGAAUCAAACAUUUUGCCAUGUUUUGGAUAAAAAGAGCAGCGAGGAUUUCAAAAGAAAAAUGCGGAAACUUGAUGAUUGUUUCGACAAUAUUCUCGUACUUGAUAAGGAGCUUGACUUUGAUUCGAAAGGCCACGAUCAGGAUCGUGGUCACUUCUUAUGUUUAGAAGCAAUCCUAAAUCGCAACUGGAAUCAUGCAUUACUACUCCAGAAUUACGACCUUGUUGUAAAAUCAAACGAAGAGCUGUCUGAAAUCAGUGAAAUUCUCAAUAUCUCAUCAGCUGUCGAGCUGGAGGAUCCGAAUCCUGGUCGAUUCGAUAAAUGGGCCGACUGGACUGGAUUGAAGCUAUUCAAAAAUGAAACGGGAAUACCUGAUGAAAUACUCCAUACGAAAUUGUUCAUUCGAAAAAGUCUCAACGAACCAAUUAUGCAAUUAUUUAAUAGUAAAUGGUAUUAUGGAGUUGACGAAAUGCUGGUUCACACCUUAUAUGCAAAUAAAUUGGGAUUAAAAGGGCAGAUGAUCGCAAAUUGCACAAAGAGCAAACGAGAGUUCACGAGAUUUACCGACUGGAAUGUGUUCGGUGGGAAUGGUUUUGACAGAAAAUGCAAAUCGAAGUGGAAACGGCAUGGCAUUUGCAUUAUGGGCAUCGAGUAUCUCGAUUUUCUCGCAAAUUCGAAUUCGUUAACAGCGAAUAAAGUGAUGGCGGAUGUGGAUAUGGGCACCCCGAUUUGUAUGCACGAAUUCCUUCUAGGGAAACUCGAUCGAAAACCGACAUUCAAUCAUGAAUUUGUUCGACAAUAUCCGCAGGUUCGAGAGCUCGCUCAAAUCGCCAAUCGAACUUUCAAUCCAGCCAAUUUCAAGUCAUUGAACGCGUGCUUCUUUGCCCAGAAGGGAUGGGAUGUGGAGGUGUACGAGUACCGCAAAGACAUCAGAACGAUGAAGCACGUCCAGGGAAGAAGUAUCAAUCUUGCGCUGAGUCAGAGAGGCAAAAGUGCCCUCGAGGCUGUUGGCUUAAAAGAGUACAUCGUCAGCCAAGGGGUUCCAAUGUACUCAAGGUUAGUUCAUAACAAAGAUGGAAAGACGUUCAGUCGACAGCCUUACGGACAGCCAGGAGAACACAUCGUUUCCAUCAAUAGAAGACAUUUGAAUGAGGUGAUGAUCACACAAGCUGAAAAAUGCCCAAAUGUGAAAUUUUUCUUCGAGCAUAAAGUGAAGGGAAUUGACUAUGAAAAGAAGGAGCUCAUUGUUCAAAAAACUGAAAAUGUUAGUAGAAUCCCGAAAUUUGGGCAGAAGCCUCCCAGCCCCGAGCCAUCUGAAUUCCUUGUGCAUGCCGAUUUGAUAAUUGCCUGCGAUGGGGCCUAUUCGGCAGUUCGACGAAGUCUCAUGACCAUCCCGCGAUUCAAUUUCUCACAAGAAUACAUUGAGCAUGGCUAUGUUGAGCUCAACAUUAUGGCAAAUAACAAUAAUGAUUUUGCGUUAGAAGCGAAUGUGUUCCAUUUAUGGCCGAGAGGUCAUUUCACACUAAUCGCAUUGGCAAAUAAGGAUAAGACAUUUACAGUCACAAUUUUCGCGCCGUUCUCCGAGUUCGAGAAGCACAUGUCGAACACGAAUGAUGUCCUGAAAUUUUUCGAGGAGAAUUUUCCGGAUGCCUAUCAACUUUUGGGAAAGGACCAUAUUGUGGACACGUUCAAUCGUGUGAAACCGCAGCCGCUCGUUUCGAUCAAAUGCGCUCCGCAUCAUUUCUUCGACAAUUUGCUGCUCAUGGGUGACGCAGCGCACGCAAUGGUCCCGUUUUACGGGCAGGGCAUGAAUUGCGGUUUCGAGGAUUGUCUCGUGUUCAGCGAGAUUCUCGAAAAAUGUGGAGAUCGUAUCCCCGAUGCCAUUGAGACAUACACGAAGUGUCGUGUUAAAGAUGCGCAUACUAUCAAUGAUCUGGCCAUGUACAAUUAUGAAGAGCUUAAGGAUCUUGUCAAUCAUUCAUCGUACAAGUUGAGGAAGAAGUUUGACCUCUUCAUGAACAAAUUGUUCCCGAAUAGCUGGAUUCCGUUGUAUUCAAUGGUCACCUUCACAAGAACACCAUAUUCGGAAGUUGUGGAGAAGAGAAAGCGACAGGAUCGGAUUCUCUCGUGCGUCUUCAAUUCGUUAUCGUGUGCGGCAUUGGCGGCGAUGGCCGUGGCCGUCUACAAGAAUCGCGCAAAUUUCUAA